UAGUGUGAUUUUUCGUUGCGUUGAGAGAAGUCUCUCUUGAAGUAUCAUGUCAUGUGUAUUCAUUGUAUAUCAAUUCAUAUACAAUGGUGUAUUAAAUAUGGUGUACACAUAAUAUGAGUAUUUGACUUGCGGUUGUGUUGCAUUGUUUUCUUUUAACAAAAAUCCACUCAAUAAUGCAUUAAAAAUCGAAAAAUAAAUAAAAUUUCAAUUCCAAAAAAAAGCAUUAAUUAACUUCACAAUCUUCUCUACUCUUCAUUACAAUACUUAAAUCAUUUGUGACCAAAGCAUCUUUAAUCAAAUAAUGCCAACCGAGAAAAUAAUAAACAAAACUAGCCCCUCAAAAGGAGCUUUGAGUAUUUCUGCUGCACCGGCAUCGGCUCAAACAAAUAAAAAAUCUAAUCUUAUUGCAAAGUGUUCAACAUCCAAGUCAACGUUGCCGUCAACUUUGACUCAUCCCAGAUUCACAAUCGAAGAAAAGAAAAUCCUUUACAGUUUAUUUCGUCAGCACGAACAUGUAAUAAAUAUCAAGAAUCGAAAAGGAAAACACUCGGUGGCAAUGUGGGACGCCUGGCAGUCGAUUGUACAUGACUUUAAUCAAAACCCUAAAAUUGCCAUCAGAAGGAAUAUGAAACAAAUUCAGAAAUUUUGGUUUAAUGCCAGUAAAUGCCAAUUUAUUGGCUCUCCAUUAAAUUUAAAAUCGUCAAUAAAAAAAGAUUGCGAAAACUAUACACCUCGAAGCUAACAAAAGAUAUGAAAUCCAAACGACCUGCAGCCAGCUCCACUAUCCCAAAUGCACCCAAGCCAUGUGAUGCAACUGUUUCAUCAUCCAUAAAAUGUGAACCUGAAUUGAUACUUCGAACAGAGGUAUCACCUGAUACAACGGAAAUUGCUAACGAAUACGAAGAAAUAUAUUUGGAACGAAUAUCAAGCGAUCCCCAUUCUGUUGAACGUCUUGAAAACUCUGCAGAAGAAUCACCAAAUCAUCAAAAACAUCCAAACUUCACUCAGCUAGAAAACGUCCCACUUCAGGAGCACGAACAUGCAACAACUCCAUCACAACAUCAAAUUAAUUUUGAUAAUAUAAGUGCAGAAAAACUUACGCUUAACGAUUUACUUCAGUUUAAGGACGCUCAACCACACGAAGAGAUUAUUAUUCAAAUUAAACAUCCUGAUGGUAGAUCAAUAACUAUCCCCUCAUCAAAUUGCAUUAAUAUCCCUCACCAGCAGAUUACAUAUAAUCAAGUAGAAGGAGUUGGCGAAAGUAAUGGUUCGCCACAAAUUCAAAUGUAUCCAAAAAUUAUACAUGCAAAUUUUCAACAACAAUUCAAUACCUUUGCAACCCAAGACUUAUCACCAACUAACUCAACAUCGAAUUCAGAAAAUACAACAAUAGAUAUUGCAGACUCCUUUGAAAACAAAAUCAAUGUUUUCAAAAUGAAAGAAGCCGAACUUCGCCAAAAAGAGAUCAAACUUCAAUCGGAAGAGAAACGUAUUGAACUAUAUCAGAUGGAAGAAAAAUUGCGACAUAAAAAAGAAAUGCAUCAGUUGCAAGUGGAAGAGAUAAAAAUUAAGUUAAGAAUUUUAUGCGAAGAAGAGAAACAGUUGCGAAACAUAAAAAUAUAAUUGUUAAAAAUUCUUUGUUUCAUUAA